GCGCAGGCCGGGAACCUCGCUCUUUCUCUUAGUCUUUGUUCACAAUUUGAUAAUUGUUAAUAAAAAGUAUUCUGGUGUAGUUUAAAAGGAAAAUCUACCUGCAUAAUUGUUAAGAUACAUAAUACUGUUCUUGGAAUUUUUUUAAUUAUGGAUGAACAAAUAGAAAUGUCAGACGAUUCAACACUACCGGAAGCUUUAUACGACCAGGCUUUGAAUAGAGAAGAGUUUUGUGACAUUACCCUGGAGUUUGGAGACACAGUAAUGGGAGGACAUUGGUACGUGUUGGUUGUGCAAUCGGGAUUUUUCCAGGCCAUGUAUAAAACCAGAUUGAAAGAAAAACAGACAGGUACUGUACACAUCACUGAAGGAACACACGAGGCUAUUAAAUUGGCUAUCAAGUAUUUAUACACAGGGAACGUGACCAUAGACGAAACGCAUGUGGAGGAAAUACUUCACAUUUCAGAUUACCUUCAAAUUCGAUCACUCACAGACGAAUGCAACAAUUAUCUUACUGCGAACACAGUAUGGUGUCCAUCAAAUUGCUGGAAACUUUAUACAUUAGCCAAACGGUACCGGCUGAAUAUGAUGGAAUGUCUGCUGUUCUAUAUAGCUACAAAUCUAAAAGACAUCGUUGGUGAUUCUUGUUACAUAAAACAAAUCACGAUCAAAGAAGCAGAGGAGCUUUCUAUCAAGUUGAAAUGUCAGGGAGCAAGUCUCGAAGGACGAUUGCUAUUUUAUCAUAAAUGGCUUAGCUACGAUGUAGAAAACAGAAAAGAAACAUUUGAACGUUGGUUUUGUAACUUAAAUCUAAACGAAUCUGAACACGCGGAUUUCGAAAACGUCUCUAAACACUACAAUCUCUUUCAACAAUUUUCAACGUGUUUGAAAUAUUAUUUGGAAACAACCAGUAUUGUGUUAGAUUGUCAUUUAAAAAAGUCACUAAAAACAAAUAUCAUUUUAGCUUUGACGAGAAAGGACCUAAAUACCGCAAGACUGUGUGUUUAUGCCUACAUAAUCAAUCAAAAUCGGUGGGUAUUUAUUGCAACGCUUCCAUUGGAAGUAAAUCCUCAAACAAUAACCGACGUAUAUAUCGGUGUCGAUGAAGCGAAUAGUAGUUUGUAUGCAGUCAGUGAUAGCACGUAUCAACGAUUGAGAGAAGAAGGAACGGACUGUAUUCAAACUUGCUAUAUUCUUGUCCAUAAAUAUGAUUUGAUAAUAAAAGAGUGGUACAAAUUCGAAGUCGAUCUCAAUAUCAAUGAGCCAAACGGCUAUGACAUCAAAGGAGUAGAAUUUCUGAACAAUAAAGUGUGUAUUGUAGUUAAAUCAUCGUCACCUUACGGGGAUUCUGUGAGUGUGUGUCGAUUGGAAACCAACGAUUUUUGCUGCAGUGUUGCACCAUUAAUUGCAUUGCCAGCAAAUUUUAAACUUGUUACUGUCGACAGCUGCGUCGUUGAUGGUGAGUUCAUCGUUGUAAGGUGUUGCUACUCUACUGUGGAAGGUACAAUGGCAGAGACUAUGGCAGUCAAUCAUGUAUCUUCUUUUCCAAUAUGGCCGACGGCACCUGCACUUUACACGUGUUCCAGUAAGCUGCCUGUUAAUUCGGAGAUGUUUAGUAGGCAGCGGUUCAUGCUUCCAACGACCAACGGUGUUAUCCGCUCAGGAAUAUCUACCUCCGGAUACAUGUACUUGAAUGUAAUUCUCGGUCUGACAUCAAUUGUGAAAGACCAACUCUUACCGCGACAUGUGUUUAGCCGCUCAGCCGAAGUCAGUGAAACACAUUCUACCCAAGAUUGCAUCGUUCACGGGACGUCGUUCAACACGGUGUACAUUCACAACCCAAGCUCAAACAUAAUUCAUGUGUUUGAUUUUUCCCAGCGAUCUUUUACUGAAAUACCAACACCGCCGGGUCAAUUAAAUCGAACUAAAUUCGUUUCCGCGUUUCUUUUUUCCAGUGUCCUAACACUUUCAAAGCCAUGCCCAUUGUGUGCUUUUAAACAAAAGGCGAAUUCUCGAUAAUCGAGUACGUGGUAUAUAGUGUGUCGUACUAGACCAAACCGUGUUAUAGUUUUUAGUUUUACCUGAUAGUCUGUGGGCGACAUUUACAUCGGAAGAAUAAUUGUGCAUCUAAUCAAAAUAAUAGACGCAUUUAAAAAACAAUAUUUCAAAUUAACAUGAAAUGUUGAGUUUAAAAUUGCACACACUCGCUUUAACUUAGAUUUUUCUGUAACAGUUUUUGACAGAAGCUAGGGGACGUCAUUUUUAUGUAUAAAUGUUCAAUACUAAAAUAAUGCAUAAUAUAUAUUAAAUUGUUGGAUUCAUUUUGGGGUUGUUUUUUUUUAUUAAAUGCUCCACACAAAUAAUUAUUAAACAUUUUUGUUCUUUGAGCAAGCUCAGAGCACAGUAUUCACUUCUCUUUCCUAGAGUAUAAAGUUGUCAAUAAUGGCUGCGGGUCACAUAAGCGGGUGAAAAUGUAUCCAAGUGAUGGCAAUUAAGCGUUAAUCUCAGUUCAGGGUACACCAAAUGUCAACAAUUUGACAUGGACUCGAUAUUGUAAAGAUAAACAUUCUGACAUUGUUUGUUUCAAGAUUAAGUCAUACAUGUUGUUAUAUUUUAUAUAAUAGCUUAAUGCAAACAAAAGUUUCUUUGAUUCUUUGAGUUCAAUGUCGAUGUGUACAUGUCUAUGUACAGUUGUAAUAGUGUAAAAGAUAUGCAUCGUUCAUUUUAAAAAAAAUAUUGAAGUAUCAGAUUUCAAUGAAACAUGUUUUUUAUUUAAUAUUUAAAUAUUAAUAUUUAAACAAUAUUGACCGUGCUCUGUGAAAAAGGGGGUUUAAUGCAUGUGUGCAUGGUGCCGUUCCAGUCCGCAUAUGCAUUAUACCCCCUUUUCACAGAGCGCGGCUCAUAUCGUUCUUGUGCAAAAACAUGAUAUUUUAUGAUUUAAGUUAUGAGAACAAAUACACAAAUUAUAAACAACGGAUUUGAUUUUUAUCAAUAAAUCUUUCUUCAUUCAGUUAAUGUUCAUGCAUGACAUCGACGUAAUAUUCUUGUGUUAGGAUUAAAUGGCAUCAUGCAUACGUAAUAAAACCCUGUCAUAUCGAA